AUGAAGAACCUGGAUGUCUUCCUGCCAGUUCUGGUAGGGUUUAAUCCUGUGGGUACAGCCAGGAAUGAGAGAAUCGAAGGAUGGACCUCCACCUUCCGGCAAGUGGCUGAGCGGAUGCAGAGCCUCCAUGACACACAGAGGGGCUUUGUACUCAACCCAGCCAUUGGGCCCGAGGGCAUUUGUGGCUCCUCGCGUAUGAAAGGUGGCAGUGCUACAAAGAUCCUGCUGGAGACGCUGUUCCUGGUGGCCCACAAAGCCAGUUCCAACGUGGAGGUGACUGAGAAGUGCUUGUUGGAAAUCCUGCGGACGUAUGAGAGGGCACACAAGGUGACCUAUGCCCACAGCAAGAAAAUUGCUGCAUUGCUCAAGCAGUCAGCCACCAGCCUACAGAAGAAGGGCCACCUCUACGUUCUGGGCUGGGGGACCCUGGGAAUGAUGGCGAUGAUGGAGGCGGCGGAGUGCGUGCCGGCCUAUCAUGCAGAUUGGAGAGAUGUGCGUGGAUUUAUAAAUGGAGGAUAUCAAACCAUGGAAAACAAGGAGGGGGACCUGACCUCUCUGGGUGCUGAAUUUGCCAUUUCCCAUGAAGACUUUGUGAAGAGCGUCCUCCCAUCCAUAUCUGAGACAGACACUGUCCUCUUCCUCUUUACGAUUGAUGAUGAGCUCAGCGAGGUAGAGAAGCUGGUGGAUCUGGUGAAGGAGAAGACAUCGAACAUCCAUGCUGUUUCUCAUGCUACAGCAGGACAAUAUUUGCCGAACACUACGAAAAAUCUCAUCCCCAACAUCAUCAGUAUUACGUGGCCCAUCCUGUUCCUGGAGUACGAAGGAGCCUUCAUCCAGACGUUCCAGAGGGAGCUGAGCAGUAAGUGGAUCCUGAACACGGUGACCAGUGGGGCCCAUGUCCUUAAGGGCCAAAUAUACCGUAACUUCCCAGUGGAUUUCAGAGUCAGUAAUAACAAACACUUUCAUAGGGCAAUCUCAAUCCUACAGCGUCUGACAGGACACUCCCAGGCCCGGUGCACAGAGGCUCUUCUCCAGUCUAUCCAUGGAGAGCAGAUCUUGAGUGACCAGACUAAGAACACCGAGAUCUCCCGACAUGUAGAGGUGGCUUCAUUAAAGGACAAGGUUCUUCCCGUGGCCAUUGUGAGUUUGUUACGGAAUUGCUCUGUUCAGGAGGCCAGGAUCCGCUUAGACUCCUCGGUGACCAUUCGUGCCACCAUAGAGGCAUCUCUCAACGUUCCUGGAAGGAAAAGGGGGGCCGAGAGCACAGAGACAGAGGGGCGCAGCCGAUAG